AUGAAACUAAAACGUGCAGUAGUGAUUUUCGGCUCGAUAAUCGUCCUACUUAUAAUUUUCACCAUUUAUUCCGCCAAAGAUUUACCAAUGUCGACUAAAAACGCGCACGCGCAAGAAUUGAAAGACAACCAAUGGCUGCACUUUGAAGACCGCAUUAAGCAACUUGAAAGCGACUUAAGCCAGCACCACAAUGCUGUAGCUGAAAUAAAAGUAGCUAUGCAAAAUAUGCUCAAACCACCUACCAAUAAUCGCACUAUUAUAACUGAAAUUGUUUAUAAUAAUAAUUGUCCUUUUCAAAUCAACCAAAAACCUUUUAGUAAUGUGCAAAUGCUUGAUUUAUAUAAGACUUUGCAGUUUGAUAAUCCUGAUGGAGGGGCUUGGAAGCAAGGCUGGCGCAUAGAAGUAGAUGAAAAAGACUUCAACAGGCAAAACAAGCUAAAAGUCUUUGUGGUACCGCACUCGCACAACGACCCAGGUUGGAUUAGGACCUUGGACGAGUACUACACCACUCAAACCAAACACAUUUUAAACAAUAUGCUUGUAAAAUUACCAGAAGACACAAGACGCAAAUUCAUUUGGGCUGAAAUUUCGUUUUUCUCAAUGUGGUGGGAGGAUUUAGAUGAAACAGGCAAAGAUACAGUAAAGCGCCUUAUUAAAAACAAUCAACUAGAAAUUGUCACAGGAGGCUGGGUAAUGAACGACGAAGCCAAUUCGCAUUAUAUUUCAAUAAUACAUCAACUAACCGAAGGCCAUGAAUGGCUCAAAAAACACUUAAACUACACACCUGUUAGCCAUUGGUCAAUAGACCCAUUUGGUUUAAGUCUGACUCAACCAGCAAUUCUUAAAGCAGCCGGUUUGCAAAACAUGCUCAUACAGCGCGUUCACUAUUCUGUCAAGAAAGCCCUUGCACGCGAGCGGCAAUUGGAAUUCAAAUGGCGACAACUUUGGGACAACAACGGCCAAAGCGACAUUUUUUGCCACAUGAUGCCUUUUUACGGCUAUGAUGUGCCUCACACGUGCGGCCCUGAUCCAAAAAUUUGCUGUCAAUUUGAUUUUAAACGUUUGCCCGGACAUGGACUGCACUGUCCUUGGAAGGUACCACCAGUCAAGAUAACUGACGACAAUGUAGCUGAAAGGGCUUCUUUACUGUUAGACCAAUACCGCAAAAAAUCAAUGCUUUAUAAAACAAACAUAGUACUAGUCCCUUUGGGGGACGAUUUCAGGUACGACCACGCCACUGAAUGGGAUGUCCAAUACACAAACUACCAAAAACUUUUUGAUUAUAUGAAUUCUAAACUAGACUUAAACGUGCAAGCACAAUUUGGCACCCUAACUGACUAUUUUGAGGCAGUUAAAAAACAAAAAUCCUUAGACAAAUUCCCUGUUUUGUCUGGUGACUUUUUCACCUAUGCAGACCGUGACGACCAUUAUUGGAGCGGCUAUUAUACCUCGAGGCCUUUUUACAAACGCAUGGAUCGCGUUUUGAUUGGCUAUAUUCGGGCCACUGAAAUGAUUCAUUCUUUGUCUAAUCUAAAACUUGAGUCUUUGCUUAGUAGUGCUAGACAAGCUUUGGCAUUGUUUCAGCACCAUGACGGCAUCACUGGUACUGCCAAGGAUCAUGUGGUAAACGACUACGGUAAACGCUUGCUGCAAGCGAUUCAUAAUUGCCAACACAUUAUACAGCUUUGUGUCAAUAAUUUGCUCGGUGAUGACGUCAUUACUCAUUACAAUUUUGAAGAUGUUUGGCAUUCGCACAAUAGUUUGCCAGAGAAAAUGCAAAUCACCAUUGGACUACCUGAUUUGCCUUCAAAAAAAAUUGUUAUUUUUAAUUCUUUGGCGUUUGCCAGGCACGAAGUUGUCAGUUUUAAUGUGAACACGCCUUUUGUUGAGGUUUUGGACUUUCAAGGCAAAAGACUCCCUUGCCAAGUAUCGCCAAUAUUCGAAUACGGUUCUGCAAUGUCUCAGACCAAAUACGAACUUUCAUUUAUCGCCAACAUUCCCGCUUUGGCCACUGUAACUUUUACAAUUACAGCAGUUUAUGAAGAAGACAAACCUAAGGAAACCACGUUUGCAAAAGUAAAAAUCUAUAAUCGGUACGGGGACGCCCCUGGGCCGAAAGGUUUCAAAGCCGAAAUUUUCGAAAGUCCUAGCGAAUUUAGUUUUCAAAAUGCCCGCGUGGCGGUUUCGUUUAACAAAAUGGGCCUGUUAAAAGCGGUUAAAACCGGUACUACAACGGUACCUGUACAUUUGGAUUUUGCAAAGUACGGGGUGGCUCAGAGACAAAACGACAGAAGCGGGGCCUACUUGUUUCUACCGGACGGUGACGCCACUGAACUAAAAGUGGAAAACGCCGUUGUCAAUACAAUCGAGGGCCCCAUUUUGUCUUCGGUCACUGUCCAGUUGCCUUACGUCCUUCACAAGGCUGUCUUGUACAAUACACCCGGGGCGGACGGUUUAGGAAUCGAAAUACAAAAUGAAGUAGACAUCGAAAAGACGCACAAUUUCGAGCUGGUCAUGCGCCUGGCCACAAAUAUCGAAAACAAAGACGAAUUUUAUACGGACGUUAAUGGCUACCAAAUGGUGCGCAGGCUCAGAUUUAAAAAGCUGCCGUUGCAAGCCAACUAUUAUCCGAUGCCUGCUAAGGCUUAUAUUGAAGAUGAACACGUGCGCUUGUCGGUAACGACGGGAUCUCCUUUAGGCUGUAGCUCAUUGGGCAGUGGUAAACUAGAAAUAAUGCUUGACAGGCGUUUGGGGCAAGACGAUAAUUUAGGACUAGGACAAGGUGUUUUGGAUAAUAAGCCUACUAAACACUUAUUCAGGUUGCUUGUAGAGAAACGGACUAGCGAUUGUCGGGUAUUGUCACGUGAUCAUCCUGCAGGAUUUCCCACCUUGUCAGCAGCAGUGACGUCAGACACUUUGCUUAAUCCCUUAAUAAAACUCGUCAAAGUACAAGAUGAGGCAAAUAGCAAAAGAGAAGUGUACGCCCCUGCGUUUCAAUUGGGCGUGGACUUGUCUAUACCCACCUUUAAAACAAACAUAUUAAUUAACGGCUCUUUUCGUACCGGGUUGGUACUGCACCGGCAGUACUUGGACACUUGUUUUUCAGAUGCGGUGUUGGCAAAGCAGUUUCCUUUAAGCGACGGUACUGUUAAUUUGAAGCAUUUGUUUCCAGAUAGUAAGACAUUAUUUAAGGCGAGUUUGACGUUUUUAAAAAGCGAGGGCCGAAUGGAGAUCGGAGAGGAUUUUCAGGUUUGUCCUAUGGAGUUUAAGGCUUUUUACGUUUAA